CAGUAUGCUUAUACUAUGAUGUUUGCCAUAGAGGAGAUCAACAACAGCUCGGAGCUGCUGCCAGGGGUGAUGCUGGGCUACAGGAUCUUUGACUCCUGCCCUAGUAUCCCUCUGUCCAUCAGAGCAUCGUUAAACCUGAUGAAUGGGUAUGAGAGUGGGAAAGACAGCUGUGACAAAAUCUCCACUGUGCACGCUGUCAUAGGGGAAACUACAUCCACCUCCACAAUAGGUAUUGCACGCACCAUGGGACCCUUUCAUAUACCUGUGAUCAGUCAUUCAGCCACUUGUGCAUGUCUUAGCAACAGAAGAGACUAUCCUUCUUUCUUCAGAACUAUACCUAGUGACAUUUACCAAAGCAAAGCACUGGCAAAGCUGGUAAAACACUUUGGCUGGACAUGGGUAGGGGCUAUCAGAACCAAUAGUGACUAUGGGAAUGGUGGUAUGGCCACUUUCCUGGAUGCAGCUCAAAAGGAAGGCGUUUGUGUUGAGUACUCGGUCGCUAUUUACAGAACUGAUCCAAGGAAGUGGUUCUUAGAAGUGGUGGACAUUAUAAAGAAAUCCACUUCUAAGGUAAUUGUGGCAUUUGCUGAUGGCACAGAUCUUGAUAUUCUGAUCAAAGAGCUUUAUGCUCAGAACGUGACAGGCCUGCAGUGGGUGGGCAGUGAAGGGUGGAUCACUUAUCGUUAUAUUGCCUCUCCUGUAAACUAUGCUGUGGUCCAGGGGGCAGUGGGCUUUGCAGCGCUCAAUGCUCACAUCCCUGGCCUGCAGGAGUUCCUGGCUAACAGCAGGCCCUCCACCACGCCAGGGAACCAGGGACUAGUGGAGUUGUGGGAGAUGGUGUUCAGCUGCACCCUGACUCCCCACGCUCAGGAUUCAGUCGCAGCCUGCACUGGGAAGGAGUCUCUAUGGGACACAAACUCACGCUUCACAGAUGUCUCAGAUUCCAGUCUGCUGAAUAAUGUUUACAAGGCCACAUAUGCUUUAGCUCAUGCUCUGCACAUGCUAUUUACCUGCCAAGAUGGACAGGGACCUUUUGAGAACUAUUCUUGUGCAGAUAGAGAAAAUGUGAAACCAUGGCAGGUUCUGCAUUACCUAAACCAGGUCAAUUUCACCACUAAGAUUGGUGAAAAUGUGUUCUUUGAUGAAAUGGGUGACCCUGUGGCACGUUAUGCGCUGGUUAACUGGCAGAUGGAUGAGACAGGUUAUAUACUCUUUGAAACCAUUGGUUACUAUGAUGCGUCCCGGCCUGAGGGUCAGCAGUUUGAGAUGAAGGCAGGUGUGGAAGCCAUCUGGGCAGGCGAGAAUCCAAAAGUGCCGAGGUCUGUUUGCAGUGAGAGCUGUUUGCCGGGGACCCGUCGGGCUUUUGUUAAGGGCAAGCCUAUCUGCUGUUUUGAUUGCAUCACCUGUGCUGAUGGGGAGUUCAGCAACAGUACAAAUGCAGUGAAAUGUGACAAAUGCCCUCCUGAAUACAAGUCCAACGAAGAGAGGAAUAACUGUGACUUGAAAGCUAUUGAGUUUCUCACCUUCAGAGAACUGAUGGGUAUACUGUUGGUCACCUUUUCUGUUUUUGGGGCCUGCCUGGCGGUGACUAUAGCCCUGAUAUUUUUCCAUUACCGGCAAACUCCCAUAGUCAGAGCCAACAACUCUGAGCUGAGCUUCCUGCUGCUCUUCUCCUUGACUCUGUGUUUCCUAUGUUCUCUGACCUUUAUAGGCCGGCCCUCUGUAUGGUCCUGCAUGCUGCGCCACACAGCAUUCGGCAUCACCUUUGUGCUCUGUAUCUCAUGUGUUCUUGGAAAAACUAUAGUAGUGUUGAUGGCCUUUAAAGCCACACUUCCAGCUAGUAAUAUGAUAAAAUGGUUUGGGCCUGCACAGCAGAGACUCAGUGUUCUGGCGUUUACUCUUAUACAGGUUUUAAUUUGCAUACUUUGGUUGACAAUCAACCCUCCCUUUCCUUUUAAAAACAUGAAACACUAUAAGGAGAAGAUUAUUCUCGAAUGUGCCCUGGGAUCACCAGUAGGUUUCUGGGCUGUGUUAGGAUACAUAGGACUCUUAGCCAUCUUAUGUUUUAUUCUUGCUUUUUUGGCCCGAAAGUUACCUGAUAAUUUCAAUGAAGCUAAAUUCAUCACCUUCAGCAUGCUGAUAUUCUGUGCAGUCUGGAUCACAUUUAUCCCAGCUUAUGUCAGCUCUCCUGGGAAGUUCACCGUAGCUGUGGAGAUAUUUGCUAUUCUGGCUUCAAGUUAUGGAAUGUUAUUUUGUAUUUUUUUGCCGAAGUGCUAUAUAAUUUUAUUGAAACCUGAGAACAACACAAAGAAACAUUUGAUGGGUAAAGCAACUCAGAGAGCCCUUUGA